AAUCGCUCAUGUUUGUACCCUAGUAUGUAUUCAAGAUAAUUAAAAAUCAGCCAGUGAAGUCAGAGAGCUCUUCCCAGGAGCCGCGAGGACUCCGAGGCAGCAUUUCCCUCUAGGCAGAUGGACUAGACUUUUCAGGGAGUCAAUACGGACUCCGAAUCCUGCUGCACAUCGCAUCAAAACUGCUAACGCCUCGCGGUCACCUCUGCCUAGCUGGCACCCUUCCGGAGUGGUCAGCCCCCGGCCGCAUCUCAUUAACAACCUGCAAGAACAGAGCUACACAUGAUGGGCUGUGUGGGGACGAGUCUCUGAGCCUGUGAGCCUCUGAGCCCUGGGUCCCGCCGACUGCGUGAUCCGCCGCACUCCUCUGCUGCUGCUUUAAGACUGCAGAGCGCCCCAGCGGCCAGAGCAGGGGAGGGGUCCCCGCUCGCCUCCGCGCGCGGCCCGCCGGGCUCAGGCAGGGAAGGGCAGCACAGGGGACCCGGCGCCCGAGGCCGCCGCAGCAGGAUGAGCCUGGCCGCGCGCCUGCUGCCUGGCUGCGGAGGGUGAGGCCGGCGCCCGGGAGGCCGCCGCCUGGCCGCGCUGCGCAUCGGGGGGCGCCCGGCAUGAGCUCGCGCCCGCGGCUGCGGCUGUGCGCCCGCGCCUGGCUGCCCGCGGCCCGCUGAGCCGAGCCGAGCGCACGGCGCACCUGGGCUGUGUCCGUGGCGCGGGGCGCGGCGCCCGGGAGCAGGUGUGCGGGGGCGCAGCAAGCGGGGAACGCGGCUGGGCGGCUGGGCGGCCCCCGGGCAGGUGGCGGGCGGCGAGCGGAGCCGGGCCGGGCGCGGCGGAGCGCAGCGCAGCGCGGGGGGCGAGGCCGGCGCGUGGCUCGCUCGCUGGCUCGCUGGCUCGCGGGAGGCCGGGCAGCAGCAGGGGCAUGUGGAUACUGGCUCUCUCCUUGUUCCAGAGCUUCGCGAAUGUUUUCAGUGAAGAGCCCCACUCCAGCCUCUACUUUGUCAAUGCAUCGCUGCAAGAGGUAGUGUUUGCAAGCACGUCGGGGACGCUGGUGCCCUGCCCAGCUGCAGGCAUCCCUCCUGUGACUCUCAGAUGGUACCUAGCGACGGGCGAGGAGAUCUACGAUGUCCCCGGGAUCCGCCACGUCCAUCCCAAUGGCACUCUCCAAAUUUUCCCCUUUCCUCCUUCAAGCUUCAGCACCUUAAUCCAUGAUAAUACUUACUAUUGCACAGCUGAAAACCCUUCAGGGAAAAUUAGAAGUCAGGAUGUCCACAUCAAGGCUGUUUUACGGGAGCCCUAUACAGUCCGUGUGGAGGACCAGAAAACCAUGAGAGGCAAUGUCGCGGUGUUCAAGUGCAUUAUCCCCUCCUCGGUGGAGGCGUACGUCACUGUCGUCUCAUGGGAGAAAGACACGGUUUCACUUGUCUCAGGAUCUAGAUUUCUCAUCACAUCCACGGGAGCCUUGUAUAUUAAAGAUGUACAGAAUGAAGAUGGGCUGUACAACUACCGCUGCAUCACGCGGCACAGAUACACAGGGGAGACAAGACAAAGCAACAGCGCCAGACUGUUCGUGUCAGACCCAGCGAACUCAGCCCCAUCCAUCCUGGACGGGUUUGACCACCGCAAAGCCAUGGCAGGGCAGCGUGUGGAGCUGCCUUGCAAAGCACUUGGGCACCCCGAGCCAGACUACCGCUGGCUGAAGGACAACAUGCCCCUGGAACUUUCUGGGAGGUUCCAAAAGACAGUGACUGGGCUGCUCAUUGAGAACAGCCGCCCCUCAGACUCAGGCAGCUACGUGUGUGAAGUAUCCAACCGAUACGGCACUGCCAAGGUGAUAGGCCGCCUGUACGUGAAACAGCCACUGAAAGCCACCAUUAGUCCCAGAAAGGUUAAAAGCAGUGUGGGCAGCCAGGUCUCCUUGUCCUGCAGUGUGACAGGAAACGAAGACCAGGAACUCUCCUGGUACCGAAAUGGCGAAAUCCUCAACCCUGGAAAAAACGUGAGGAUCACAGGACUCAACCACGCAAACCUUAUAAUGGAUCACAUGGUCAAGAGUGAUGGGGGCGCCUACCAGUGCUUUGUACGCAAGGACAAGCUAUCUGCUCAAGACUAUGUCCAGGUGGUCCUUGAAGACGGAACUCCCAAAAUCAUUUCUGCCUUUAGCGAGAAAGUGGUGAGCCCGGCAGAGCCAGUGUCCCUCGUGUGCAAUGUGAAGGGUACACCCUUGCCCACGGUCACCUGGACCCUGGACGAUGAUCCCAUCCUCAAGGGCAGCGGCCACCGCAUCAGCCAAAUGAUCACAUCCGAGGGGAACGUGGUCAGCUAUCUGAAUAUCUCCAGCUCCCAGGUCCGGGAUGGGGGUGUCUACCGCUGCACUGCCAACAACUCAGCUGGAGUCGUCCUGUACCAGGCUCGAAUAAACGUAAGAGGGCCUGCAAGCAUCAGACCAAUGAAAAACAUCACUGCGAUAGCGGGACGUGACACGUACAUCCACUGCCGCGUGAUUGGCUAUCCAUAUUACUCCAUCAAGUGGUACAAGAACGCUAACCUGCUUCCUUUCAACCACCGCCAGGUGGCGUUUGAGAACAAUGGGACUCUGAAACUCUCAGAUGUGCAGAAAGAAGUUGAUGAGGGAGAGUACACUUGUAAUGUGCUGGUACAACCACAGCUCUCCACCAGCCAGAGUGUCCACGUGACAGUAAAAGUUCCACCUUUCAUCCAACCUUUCGAGUUCCCAAGAUUCUCCAUCGGGCAGCGGGUUUUCAUCCCAUGUGUGGUGGUCUCAGGGGACUUACCCAUCACCAUCACCUGGCAGAAGGAUGGCCGGCCGAUCCCAGCAAGCCUUGGGGUAACCAUUGACAACAUUGACUUCACCAGCUCCCUGAGGAUCUCCAACCUCUCCCUGAUGCACAAUGGGAAUUACACCUGCAUCGCUAGGAACGAGGCAGCAGCUGUGGAACACCAGAGUCAGCUGAUUGUGAGAGUUCCUCCUAAGUUUGUGGUACAGCCCCGGGACCAGGAUGGGAUCUAUGGCAAAGCAGUGAUUCUCAAUUGCUCUGCAGAGGGUUAUCCUGUGCCUACAAUUGUGUGGAAAUUCUCAAAAGGUGCUGGGGUGCCCCAAUUCCAGCCAAUUGCCUUGAAUGGCCGAAUCCAGGUCCUGAGUAAUGGCUCACUCUUGAUCAAGCACGUUGUAGAAGAAGACAGUGGCUACUACCUCUGCAAGGUCAGCAACGAUGUGGGCGCAGACGUCAGCAAGUCCAUGUACCUCACGGUGAAAAUUCCUGCCAUGAUAACCUCUUACCCCAACACCACCCUGGCCACUCAGGGUCAAAGGAAGGAGAUGAGCUGCACAGCACAUGGGGAGAAGCCCAUCAUCGUCCGCUGGGAGAAAGAGGACAGGAUCAUUAACCCUGAAAUGGCCCGUUACCUGGUAUCCACCAAGGAGGUGGGAGAGGAAGUGAUCUCUACACUGCAGAUUUUGCCAACAGUGAGAGAAGAUUCUGGCUUCUUUUCCUGCCAUGCUAUCAAUUCAUAUGGGGAGGACCGUGGAAUAAUUCAACUCACAGUGCAAGAACCCCCAGAUCCUCCCGAGAUUGAGAUCAAAGAUGUCAAAGCUCGCACAAUCACUCUCAGGUGGACCAUGGGGUUUGAUGGCAACAGCCCCAUCACAGGCUAUGACAUUGAAUGCAAAAAUAAAUCAGACUCCUGGGAUUCUGCUCAAAGAACCAAAGAUGUUUCCCCUCAGCUGAACUCGGCCACCAUCAUUGAUAUCCACCCUUCCUCCACCUACAGCAUCCGCAUGUACGCCAAGAACCGGAUUGGCAAGAGUGAGCCCAGCAACGAGAUCACCAUCACGGCGGAUGAGGCAGCUCCUGAUGGUCCACCUCAGGAAGUUCACUUGGAACCCACCUCAUCUCAGAGUAUCAGGGUUACCUGGAAGGCUCCCAAGAAACAUUUACAAAAUGGGAUCAUACGUGGCUACCAGAUAGGCUACCGGGAGUACAGCACAGGGGGUAACUUCCAGUUCAACAUCAUCAGUAUCGACACCACCGGGGACAGCGAAGUGUACACCCUGGACAACCUGAAUAAGUUCACCCAGUACGGCCUGGUAGUUCAGGCCUGCAACCGGGCCGGCACAGGACCUUCUUCUCAGGAGAUAAUUACCACCACCCUGGAGGACGUACCCAGCUACCCUCCCGAAAAUGUCCAAGCCAUAGCAACCUCACCAGAAAGCAUAUCGAUCUCCUGGUCCACACUGUCCAAGGAGGCCUUGAAUGGGAUUCUCCAGGGAUUCAGGGUCAUCUACUGGGCCAACCUAAUAGACGGAGAACUGGGCGAGAUUAAGAACGUCACCACCACACAGCCUUCCUUGGAGUUGGAUGGACUAGAGAAAUACACCAACUACAGUAUCCAGGUGCUGGCCUUCACCCGUGCAGGGGAUGGCGUCCGGAGUGAGCAGAUCUUUACCCGUACCAAGGAGGAUGUUCCAGGUCCUCCUGCCGGCGUCAAGGCAGCAGCAGCCUCAGCCUCCAUGGUCUUCGUGUCCUGGCUGCCUCCACUGAAGCUGAACGGCAUCAUUCGGAAGUACACAGUGUUCUGCUCCCACCCCUACCCCACUGUCAUCAGUGAGUUCGAAGCCUCCCCUGACUCAUUUUCCUACAGAAUCCCUAACCUGAGUCGGAAUCGGCAGUAUAGCGUCUGGGUGGUGGCAGUGACUUCCGCCGGAAGAGGCAACAGCAGUGAGAUCAUCACCGUGGAGCCACUAGCUAAAGCUCCUGCACGGAUCCUCACAUUCAGUGGAACAGUGACUACUCCAUGGAUGAAGGAUAUUGUCUUGCCUUGUAAAGCUGUUGGAGACCCAUCACCUGCUGUAAAAUGGAUGAAGGAUAGUAACGGGACACCCAGCCUGGUGACGAUUGAUGGCCGCAGGAGCAUCUUCAGCAAUGGGAGUUUCAUCAUUCGGACGGUGAAGGCAGAGGACUCCGGCUAUUACAGCUGUGUUGCCAAUAACAACUGGGGAUCAGAUGAGAUCAUAUUAAAUCUGCAAGUACAAGUUCCACCAGAUCAGCCUCGGCUCACUGUAUCCAAGACGACCUCCUCCUCUAUCACCCUCUCCUGGCUCCCGGGAGAUAAUGGGGGGAGCUCCAUCAGAGGCUACAUCCUGCAAUAUUCCGAGGACAACAGUGAACAGUGGGGCAGCUUUCCCAUCAGCCCCAGUGAGCGUUCCUACCGCUUGGAAAACCUGAAGUGUGGGACGUGGUAUAAGUUCACCCUUACUGCCCAAAAUGGAGUAGGACCUGGACGCAUAAGUGAAAUCAUAGAAGCCAAAACUCUGGGGAAAGAACCCCAGUUCUCCAAAGAGCAGGAGCUCUUCGCCAGCAUCAAUACCACCCGAGUAAGGCUCAAUCUGAUUGGCUGGAAUGAUGGCGGCUGUCCAAUCACCUCAUUCACUCUUGAGUACAGACCCUUUGGGACCACGGUCUGGACCACAGCUCAGCGGACCUCUCUUUCCAAGUCCUACAUUCUGUAUGACCUGCAAGAAGCCACAUGGUAUGAACUGCAGAUGCGAGUGUGCAACAGCGCCGGCUGCGCAGAGAAACAAGCCAACUUCGCCACGCUGAACUACGAUGGCAGUACAAUCCCUCCACUCAUUAAGUCAGUUGUCCAAAGCGAAGAAGGGCUGACAACCAACGAAGGGCUCAAGAUCCUUGUCACCAUCUCCUGCAUCCUGGUUGGGGUUCUGCUGCUCUUUGUGCUUCUGCUGGUUGUGCGGAGGAGACGGCGGGAGCAGAGGCUGAAGAGGCUGAGAGAUGCAAAGAGCUUAGCUGAAAUGCUCAUGAGCAAGAACACACGGACUUCAGAUACCUUAAGCAAACAGCAGCAGACUCUGAGAAUGCACAUUGAUAUACCCAGGGCUCAGCUUUUGAUUGAAGAGAGAGACACAAUGGAGACCAUAGAUGACCGCUCCACAGUCCUGUUGACGGAUGCUGACUUCGGGGAGGCAGCCAAACAGAAGUCACUGACAGUGACCCACACGGUGCAUUACCAAUCAGUGUCUCAGGCCACCGGGCCCCUAGUGGAUGUCUCCGAUGCUCGACCAGGAACGAAUCCCACCACCAGGAGGAAUGCAAAGGCUGGACCCACAGCGAGAAACCGGUAUGCCAGCCAGUGGACCCUCAACAGACCCCACCCUACCAUCUCAGCACAUACCCUCACCACAGACUGGAGACUCCCUACACCCAGGGCUACAGGAUCUGUGGACAAGGAGAGCGACAGCUACAGUGUCAGCCCAUCACAGGACACAGACCGAGCAAGGAGCAGCAUGGUCUCCACAGAAAGUGCCUCCUCUACCUACGAAGAACUGGCCAGGGCCUAUGAACACGCCAAGAUGGAAGAGCAACUGAGGCAUGCCAAGUUCACCAUCACAGAGUGCUUCAUAUCUGAUACGUCCUCCGAGCAGUUGACGGCAGGGACAAAUGAGUACACGGACAGUCUGACCUCCAGUACCCCUUCAGAAUCGGGGAUCUGCAGAUUCACUGCAUCUCCCCCCAAACCUCAGGAUGGAGGACGAGUGGUGAACAUGGCGGUGCCAAAGGCCCAUCGGCCAGGCGACCUCAUACACCUGCCUCCAUACCUACGAAUGGACUUCUUGUUAAACCGGGGCGCACCAGGCACCAGCAGGGACCUGAGUUUAGGACAAGCGUGCUUGGAACCCCAGAAAAGUCGGACCCUGAAGCGCCCCACGGUCCUUGAGCCCACCCCUAUGGAGGCCUCCUCCUCCACCUCUUCCACACGAGAAGGACAGCAGUCGUGGCAACAAGGGGCCGUGGCCACCUUACCUCAGCGAGAGGGUGCAGAACUGGGACAGGCAGCUAAAAUGAGCAGCUCCCAAGAGUCACUGCUGGACUCCCGGGGCCAUUUGAAAGGAAACAAUCCCUACGCAAAAUCUUACACCUUGGUAUAACACAUGGCGCCGGAUGGACAGUGGUUGUAAAUACAAUUUAAACGAGCCAAUCAAAGCUACCUUUUUUUUACGGAAUUCCAAUAUUUAUAAUUAAAGAAAAUUGCCAAAAUAUAUUAAAAAAAAGAAAGAAAGAAAGAAAGAAAAAGAAAGAAAGAAAGAAGGGAAUACUGAAACCACAGACAGCGCAAAGACUACUCUGCUUUUUUCCGUCUGCGUGUGGCUCCGUCUGCCUGGGCAUCUGAGUUUGGGGGGAAGAAGUCCACUUUUAUGAUUUUCACAGGCUAUAGCAUUUUUACUGAUUUUCUACAAAAGUGCAUGGGGACUCAUUAAACCUUCUGAACAGAAGAAGUUCUAGCACACAAGAGUCAAAAAAGGAAAUGGGGGGAACUAGCCUAUUUGUGAAUCGAAGAGGGACGUUGACAUGGGGGCAGGGGACAGCUUCCAUCACCUCGCACACCUUUCCUUCCCACUAGGAACCAGGCCCUCGGUUUGAUUUUUCUGUUGUUAAUUAGGAUGAGUGCUGUCAGUGAGGGGGUGGGAUGGGAAACCCAUUUGGUUUUCUUUUUUUGUUUAUUUUUUAAUUUGAUGAGACACUCUUUGCAUUUUGUCUAAGCGAAAUAAAAGAGAAAAGGUGGUCUGCCUUUAUUUGCAUGUCUACUGAUACCUCCUAUCCAUUGUUCGGGCCUCCUUCCUGCUCAUACUGGUGUUUGUGAAUAAAAUGGCUGCACCCAGUGCCCAACUAGGAAAAAGAUGCUAAGUUCUGAACAGCUCAGGUGUUGCUGGGAAGAGACAAGAAGAUACAACAUUAAAUCCAUGGAUGGAAACCACACCAAAGGCAGCCUGGUCUCCGUCCAGUAUUCUAAGCCCUUCACAGGACUCAGGUCCUUGUCAGUCGCAGGACCUGCUCUCUAACUCAGUAGGGGUCAGCAGACCAUUUCCAAAUCCAGCGCACUGCUCUUUGUCAAUAAAGUUUUAUUGGAAGAAGUCCAAAGACCCUACGCUCCAUUUGCAUUAUCUUUGGUUGCUUUCAUGCUGUGAUGUCAAGUUGAGUGACAGUGUGUCACACAAAGCCAGUAUUCUGUCUCUUCACAGGAGAUGCUUGCUCAGCCCUGAAGUUGCUUUAGUCCUGACUUGUAUGAGAAAGGAACAGAUGCUGUGUCCCACCUUCCCUGCCCUGCCCUGCCUCCAUUGUGACUAACAGAUUCACAGCAGACCAUCUUCAAAUGUGUUACCUCCUCAUGUUCUCCUUGGCACCCAGAGAAAAAUCAGUUCAUAGACAAGGGUGUUUGCCCAAAUUCCAAGUAUUUGUUUUCCUUUCUCUGUGUCUAAAUGCGUUGUUACGGGGCUCACUCAAACAUAGGACCUACUCACAAACAGGAGGCACCAUAUCCUACAUCCCUUGGCUCUUCCACAGCGUGCCUUAGAAAUAACCUGCCAUCCUCUAAGGCAGCAAAACCCCAUUCUCUAAGAGGGAAGGAGAAUACGGCCUGUUACUUUAAUUUUGGCACUGACUGGAAAAAAAACCUGAGCCCACAUCCAUAGCUCUCCAUGUCUGAGUAACAGCACACACAAGUGCUUCUUCAGACCUUUCCUAUGUGUCCCCAUGACCAAAAACCCUGGUGCAGUCAUUACUAUCGAGAACUCAAUUACAACACUCCAUUCCCCCACUCCUGCCUCUCUUCUUCAUCCCUCCUCCCUUCCAUCUAUCUUCCAGACAGACUCUGUGCCUCCUGAGCUUCAAGCACACAGAGCACAGGCAGAGCAGGUACAAGACUCUGUCAUAGCCAUGCAACAGCUCUGACUUUAGGGUUCUGUGACAGUGCGGUGUGUGCUGCUUGCCAUGGUUUCAGAGCACAAUUUAUUCUCAGCAUCCUCGUGGAGGCAGAAGAAUCAAGAUGUGGCUUUCUAGAGAAAGAAAGACCAUAGCAUUCAUAGGUCUGAAAGUUGUAGAGUUCCCAUACUUGGAAGUUUAUUCUUUUUAAGUCUUUUUUUUUCUCCCGAGAUGUAAAAAAAUAAAAAUAAAAAUAAAAGAUUUGAUGUGUUUGCCUCUGCAAUGGAUUGCUUGCAAGGUUCCUGCCUUAAAAAAAAAAAAUGCUCAUUAAGUAAAUUCCACAUGCAAGCACUGUAUCAACCCACCCCCAACCCCCGCGUCUCAAGUAGGGUCUGACACUACUGUCUACAAAGGGGUGUAGAGCUGUGAAUUAAAAGACCAUUAUUACAGCAAUAACAGUGAGUUUUCCUCUGUACCCUCCUGUCUCUAUUCUGAUUUGUUUGGGGGAAGUCAAUGGACUAUCUAUGUCCUCACACAGGACUGUGGGAACUUCAUUGUAGUUUCAUACAGGAAAGUUUUAUUUUCAUUGUCUAAAGAGUUUGUCCCAGGGAUUUCUCCAGCUCUCAGACCAACAUAAUCUUCUCUUAGAAUGAUCAUCUCGGAUCAGUUCUUUAGCUGCUGCCUAACAGUUUUGGGGUAAGUGGGGAAAAGUUAGUGGACUGGGUUUUCCUCAAUCUGUCCAAAUAGCCCCUCUAUAAGGUAAGCAGGUAGGAGGUACGUGUGAACCACAUGGAGAUCUCCACUCCUGCAAUCUCCAGAUCCUGGGGCUUCUGUUUAGUACACAUGUCUACCUGAUGCUGUUCUUACAUUCAUGUCCACAAGGCUAAGAAAAGAGGAUGGAAAAUUUGAACAAUGAAAUAGUGUGAUACUGGUCACAAGCUAGGCAGCCAAGUUCUGAGGCCAUCCUCUUAGCACCCCUGUGACAGGGACUCCUGUACUAUCAUUAAGACACAGGAGAACACCAUUGCUUAGAUGGCUCUUAAAACCAGCAAAUAAUUUCUCAGUUAAGGUCUUUCUGACCUGGUGCUAUGAUAUAGGAACAACUGGAUUCCAUUUUAAAACAACCAGGACAGCAUCCUUGAAUUGAGAGGCCAAGCACUAGUUUGUCACAGUCCAGCUUUAGAAAGGACCGUUAAAAGAAUUUAACAGUGGGUCAACGUGAGAAAAAUCUUAGUUUAACUUUCUAAAGAAUAUAUAACCCAGAGUUGAUCUUGGCUCUUAGAUAAACACACUAAUGCUCAGGGUUCCGGACACCACAUAGCUCCUCUUCUUGAUUAUGGGUCCAAAAUGACCAUUAAAGCACAGGUGAGAUGAAGUGGAAAGGUUUUCCCUAUUUUUCUCAUAAAUCAAGUAGCUGCAACAUUUAACAUGGGCUUAAACCAAAAAGGAGUACAAAAGACUACUUUUGUCAAAAUGCUGAAGGAGAAGCCAUGAGAUGACCAAGCCCUUGUAAGACAGGACCACUUUAGGGUCAGAUGGUAGCUAUAGGACCCUACUGACUGCAAACAAGGUGGAUCUCAGCUAAUAGGAUCAUCCCAGGGUUAUCAAGCAGGAUCUGGGAAGUAUGUGCUAAUCCUCAGUACCUUGUCCAACAGGCACCCAACAAUUAGGAAUAUCUUCCCAGUAGGGGCUUUGGGUAAAACUUGUUCAACAAAGUUUGCAUAGAAAGUGACCAUGAAAGACAGUGUGUCCUUGAUUAGUGAAGGUGGGUUUUCUUGUAAAUAAUGAAAACAACUUCUCCCUCUGAGACAAAUCCCUGGUAGGGUAGCCAGAUGACCCGUUCAGACUUGGAACUGCCCAGACAGUAGACAGAGAAAGUCUGAGUUCACACCUUCACUGGUCCCUGAGAUCUAGGAGGUCAGGGAGCAUCCCCCUCCCACUUCCAAAUUCAGUCCCGUCUUAUCUUCUCCAUCGAACCCCUGGUGGCUUGCGUAUCAUACCACAUUGACCCAGUAUCCCCAUCUAUACCAGAUCUUUACACAUGUUUAUCAUUGUCUUCUGACUUAAUGUGCAACCUAUUACCUAUAAUGUUGUUAUCAGUUCUCCUACCUAAGCAUGCCCACUCCAUCAGGAAAGAAAUUUGUCUUAGUUGUGCAUGUCCUCAGUUUCCAGAAGGGAGCAGAGUGAGCACCCUAAGUUCAGAGAGUCUCAGCUAUGACAUGGCCACAAAGCAUCACAGAGUCUGCUUGGCAAACUGGGAGCCCCAGCUCCCUUCCUGCACUCUGUAGAGACAAGAUGCAGCUCACACCUGCAAGGGAUCCACCCAUAAGUGUUUUGACUUUGGGGAAAAUGUCAGUCAGGGUUUUUUUUUUAUUGUUGCUCUUGUUGUUCCCUAUCUUCUCAAACUCUAACUUCCAGUCAAAGCAAAAUCUAAAACUUGGGGAAAGUGACUUUGAGCACCCGGCAGGGUGCUUGCUUCAUCUCCCCAAACAAAGCCUGUGAGCCUUUGUGUCCUGGAGACUUCAAACAAAGUACAAGAAGAAAGAUGUGUUUAUCAGUCCUAGCUCUGUGUCCCUUGAGAGGACAGGAUUCUGUCUCAAGGAGACAGCCCUUUCAUGGAGGAAAACAGGUUAUGGAACGUACAGUUAUAUGUGUAUCAGUGACUAGGAAGUGCUUAGACGGGUCCCUGGGCACAGCAGGGCCUGGAUCCAUCAGGCACCACGGCAUCAACACAAGCAGAGUCUCCAAGCACAGUCUAUGAAGAAACAGGGUUGUACUUCCAGAGUUGAGUUAUGCUCAGGGUCCUCUACUGUUGACCUCUGUAAGGGGACCCAUUCCUAAGCAUAGAAUGAAACAUGUCUUCUGAAGUUCAACUUCUCAGGUGGAAUAUCAAUGGCUCUACAUUGCAACCCAGGAUUCAAUGCCAGGCAGAUGGAAGCCGGACCUUGUCUUGAGAACCAACAAACUCAAUCCAACGAAGCAGGCAUGCAUGCCUUCCACCACCACAGCCCUCUGACUGCCCUCCAUGCUAAGAUGUCAAUGUGUCAAGCCAGCACUGUGGCAAUUCUGACUGUCCAUGGGAUAUGACGGCUUCCCUUCCCUCUGGAACUAACCUCUCCAGUUGGUUCUCUGUGAGGCUCUUCCAUGCGUCUUGGAUUAGGGCAUGGCACGUCACAUACACGUGUAACAAGAGCUGACCCUCAAUGUCAAGAUGCUGAUAUUCUCAGUGAGAAGACCCAGAGCUUUGCUGUGAACUGAGAAUUAUGACAAUGCUUCCAGAGAAGCAUCUCAGAGCAUUAGAGUAGGGAACUUCACCACUGCUAUGUCACUAACUGCCCAUGCUCAUCAGAGAACUUCCUCAAGGCUUUUAUCUGCUUGCCUGCCUCUCCUGCUUACCCUUCAGAACACAACAGUUGCAUGGGGAUUUUAAGGUUUAACAAGGUACACUAUAGCACAGUAAAAGACACCUGGUAUACUUCUGGAUACCCAUGUUUGACACCAGCACCAACUCCUCCAAAAGCUCAUCAUAGGAUCUCGAGCAAAGUCAACUGCUAUGGACAAAUAUACACAGGUGGCUGGACCAGAUCUUCAAAUUCUGAUGACUCCCCAGGGAGAUGAAUCUUCUUAGUAUCUCCCAGGACAGAUGUGUGAAAGUCAUCACAGGGCCAAUGCUACUUCUCAUUUGUUCUGUUUUCUUGUGGUUUUGUUUUUGUUUUCUUUUCUGUAGUCCUACACUCCACACAAGCAGCAGUAAAGUGGAUAAAUGCUUUCAAGGUUCAUUGUGAAAUGAGGAUGGGGUAUAGGAGAAUUGUGGGAUAUAAAACAGUAGUCUAAAUGUCCAUGAGCCUGGUGUAGGAAGCAGAUUUUAAUCUUUUUUAAAUAAACUUGUAAACU